AUGACAACCGCCCGCUCCCAGAAGACAAACUACGCUCUCCCACUGCAGGGAAGGACUGCAUUGGUGACCGGUGCCUCCAAGGGGAUCGGCGUCGGCAUCGCGCUCGAACUCGCGAGACAGGGAGCCAAUGUCAUCAUGGGCUACUCGACAGAGUCAAGCGCCGCCAAAAUAGAGGAGCUCAAGCGCGAGAUUACGGCACUCCCCCACAAGCCCAGAGCCUACGGCCUCCGAGGGGAUGUGGGCGCGCCCGACGGCCCGGCACAGAUGGUGGCGGAGCUCGCGCGGGAGAUUACCUGGUCUGACUCGGGCGGCUUCGGGCUUGACAUUCUGGUAAACAACGCCGCCGUCGCGCCCAACGUGCCCGUGGCCGACACGACGCCCGAGUUCUUCGACGGCGUUUACAGCGUUAACCUGCGCGGGCCCGUGGCGCUCGUGCACGCGUUGCUGCCCUAUAUCCACCGCCCGGGCGGGCGCGGGCGCAUAAUCAGCAUAUCGUCCAUCGCGUCCCGCGCCGGCCUCCCAGGCUUGUCGGCGUACGGCGCCUGCAAGGGCGGGCUCGAGGCCGCGACCAGGGCUUGGGCGACGGAGCUCGGCGAGCACGGGACGACGGCCAACGCCGUCAGCCUCGGCCCGAUAGACACCCGCAUGUCGCAGGCUCAGCCCGGGGGGCUUUUGGCGGAUUUGCUGGCUCAAACACUGCUGCAGAAUCGAUUCGGCACUGUCGAGGAGGUCGCCACCACGGUGGCAUGGCUGGCCAGCCCGGCUGCGUCGUGGAUCACUGGGCAGACCAUCUGCGCCAGUGGAGGGCUUCUUUACCGUUGAGGAGAUCCCUGGAGGUGGCGAGAUCUUGAGACCUGGAUAGCGGAGCAUAUAUAGCGCACAAAGAGGAAAUGAUCGCUGAGAUUGGGCAUUAUUGUGAGACCUCGACAGGUCGUCGGCGCUGCUGUAAUUGAUAAAGAGC